AUGGGUGUCCAAGGUCUUUGGAGCCUACUGGAAACGGCACACAAACCCGUCCGCCUGGAGACCCUGGCCGGCAAGCGUCUUGCUAUCGACGCCAGCAUCUGGCUCUAUCAAUUUCUCAAGGCAAUGCGGGAUAAGGAUGGCAAUUCCCUCAAUGGAGCGCACAUCGUUGGCUUCUUCAGACGCAUCUGCAAACUUUUGUUCUACGGCAUCAAGCCCGUCUUUGUAUUUGAUGGGGCCGCCCCGACCCUCAAGCGAGUGACCAUUUCCAACAGAAGACGACGGAAGGCGGACUCGGCAGCCUCUCUCAAGAAGACAGCGGAGCGGCUACUUGAAGCACGGCUGAUGCUUCACAGCCUCUCGGGUUCCGACGAAACUCGAGAAGUCAUUGCUGCCGAAGCAGAUGGAGCGGUGCCGUUCGGCGAUCAGUUGCGUUCGCUCAUCGGACAGCCAAGCAAACGAAAGAGGGACAUGUUUGAGCUCGCUUCCGGAACGGGCAAUGCCCAAAGCAUGCCAGAGCUUGAUCCUCGGAUAUCCACCGAGCAGGACCUCCGCAAGUUUAUCAGCUCACACUCGACCGACCUCGAUCUGACCUCCGUGGAUAUCGAUGCACAGUCUUUCAAGCUCCUGCCCGUUGAGCUUCAGUACGAAGUUAUUUUGGACCAGAAGACAAAGUCCCGCCAGGCCAAUUUCGAAAGGCUGAGUGAGAUGGAAAGCGCUUCAAGAAACUCGCUUGAUUUUUCAAAGCUUCAGAUCCGAAACUUGGUCCAUCGGAACAGACUCACUGAGAAGCUGAGCGAUUUUUCGCGGACAGCUGGCGUGGUGCAGAUUUCAAGACAAACUCGCAACAAGAGGCAGAAGAAAGAGAUACAGCAUCGGAUCGCUGCCGAACGUGGGCGCGAGUACGUCCUCGUCAAGGAUGAGGCCGAGUCGUCGAAGGGCGGCUGGACGAUGAAGGCUCUUGAGCCACAGAAAGUCGUUCUUGUCAAGAGCACCAAGGAGAUUGUCGUCCUUGAUGAUACGGAUGAUCAAAUGCACGUCAACUCGGAGCCGACGCUGUCCAAAACGGAACAUGGACAAAUGGAUAGCCGCCACAUGGCGAGUCCAAUCUCCAUCCACGAUGAGACCGACAGCGCCGCCGGAGCCGAUGGUGACUCUGACACAGGCCGGAAGGAUAGAACCAGAAGUAUCUCGGACCGCAUGAGCGCCAUCAAAGGCGACGUCAGCAUCGAAAGCGAUACUGAGGAAGACGAAGACGAUGAUUUUGUCGAGGUUGAAAUAGGUGGGGGCUCAGACCACCGACCACCUCAAGGCGAGCCUGAUGCCGCUGGAGAUAACAUGGGAACAGCUGUGCAUCACGAUGAUGCUGAAGGGCGCGAGUAUCGACCCGCAACACUACUCGAAAUGGAUGAGGAUGAGGAUGAGCUUCAAACAGAUCCAUCAAGUUUCCUCCGGUACUGGCAGGGACUUGCUCCGCCAGAGUUUGUUAAGGAAUUUGCCGAUAGCGAUCUGAAGAUGGAGCAUGCGUUGUUCAAACACACACUGCAAGAUGGAAUGGAUGAGCUAGCUUUGAAUUCCACGCCCCAUGGCAAACCCAGUGUCGAACCAGCCGCCUUAUAUGCGGACUCAGGAGACGACGAGUGUAUGAUCCAGGCCUACGAUCCAGCACCAGGUUUGGCUGUGGUCACCGACUCACAUCAAUCGGUCAAAUCGACCAUGAUCAUCUCAUUCAGCGAUGAUAGCGAUGACGAUGAUGGCGAUAUACGGGCAACCAGCGGUGAUAUACCAAUAUCAAGGACAAAGCAAAACUCGAUGGACCAAGAUGACCAGAGAAACCCCAAUGACACCGCGGCAACUUGGUCGACCCACGACCCAGAAGCUGGGAGCCGAAAAUUGGGAGUUGACGUCGAGGCGAUCGAAGCAGAGAGGGCCGCUGCCCACGCCGACCUGGAAGCUGAUGAAGAGGAGCGUGCGGCUUCUGCUUCCUUGGAGAUGGAAAGUAACGAAUUUGCCCGGUUUUUCGCGGAAUUGAGCAACAGAAGCGUCAACGAUGUUCAAAGUGAGCUCCAGUAUGAAAUCAACUCACUGAGCAUGAAGAAGCAGAAAGAUGAACGCGAUGCCCACGAAGUCAGCUCCGAUAUGGUCAAUGAAACAAAGGAACUUCUGACACUAUUUGGCAUCCCAUUUAUCGUGGCGCCAAUGGAAGCUGAGGCUCAGUGUGCGUUUUUACUGCAAGAAUCACUGGUUGAUGGCAUUGUGACCGAUGACUCGGACGUAUUCUUGUUUGGAGGAACGAGAGUCUACAGAAAUAUGUUCAACCAGAAGAAAUUUGUCGAGUUCUACGAAUUGGAAUCAAUCAACGAGACGAUGAAGUUGGAUCGCCUCAAGUUGAUAUUUCUUGCGUUCUUACUUGGAAGCGAUUACACCGAUGGAGUACAUGGUAUUGGAAUCGUCCGAGCCAUGGAGAUCCUGGAAGAGUGGGUUGGGGCAUCAAUCGAGUCGGCCGAGCAAGGCAUCAAGGGACUGCAAGAGUUUAGAGAUUGGUGGAAACUUGUCAGACACGGCGAAAAGCCAAACACAGCUUCGCCUGUGCGACGAAAAUUGUUGCCAAUAGCGAGAAAGAGUGCAAUUCCUGAUGGAUUUCCAGACCCAGCCAUUUUAGACGGAUACCUUCAUCCGGUCGUGGACACGGAGACUCAAGCAUUUCAGUGGGGCUUUCCGCAAAUUGACGCCUUGGAAGACUAUUUGGGGGACCGGGUUGGCUGGGGCCCCAAGCAAAUCAAGGACGUCCUGAUUCCGGUGAUCAGGGAAAUGAGCAAGAAAGCACAUAGCCAGCAGACGACCCUACAGGCGUUUUUCAAGCCGAUCGGAGAUGGAAAACACUCCAGCCAACGCAUCCAGAGCGUUGUCGAGAAAUGGAAGCGCCGAGAUGCCGGGCGAAAACGAGACGACAAAUGA